UUUUAAACAUGACUGAAUUUUAACAAAUGGAAAUUGAAGUAUUUUUUGAAUAUUUCAUAGUCGUACAUUUUAAAUUUUAAAGUGAGACACACAGAUAUUAUAAAAUAAAAACUAUAAAAGUUACAUGAGGAAGAAUCUGCAGAUUAAUUAUAACCAUUUUAUUAAACUUUCCUUAAAAAUUGUAGAGACUAUUUGCAUCAAAAAUUAGUAAUAGAUUAGAUCAAUUUUUAGAGAUAGACUAUUAAAAAAGUUUUGGAUGAAGAUCUUUUAGAGCUUCUAAAAGUAAAUAUUUUUUUGGCUGAAUUAUCAUAUACGAUAUGUAAAGAAGUACCAGAGCUUAAAUCGUAUCCACUUAGUAAAAUCUAUAGUUAAUUUAAGCAUUUAGUGAAGAUAUCUAUGAAUGUUUAUCACUUUAGGAACUUUAGGAUUACUUUAACAAUUUAAAUAGUUAGAUAUCUACAAUUUCAAAAUUCUAAGAUGAAAAUAAAUAUGUUUUACUGAGAAUAUGUAAUUCUAUGUUAAAAAGACUAUCAACAACAUAAGACACUUUUUUAAGAGGAUAAGUUUAAAUAUUUUUGACUUAAAUAUUUUCAACAAUACAUCCAUCUUUAAGAAAGAAACCUAUUAAUAUAAGAGAUAGAGGAUUUGAUGAAGAAUCUGUAAAAGUAAAUGCUUCUUUGCCAUAUUCUUUUUAUAAAAAUUUUUGGACUUUACAAAAAUAUUUAAAUAAUUCUGAAUUAAUAUUUAGAAGCAAAAUAGAAUUAGAUGAUAUAGGAGAUGAAGCUGGUUAAGUUUUAUAAGGAGUAUCUGAACCAUAAAGAACUAAAAAUCUUUAAGCUGUAAUAAAAGUAAUAAUGAGGGCUUUACAAUAUUUCAAAGAAAAUCCUAUAGAACCUGAAAUCAUUACAGUUAAAAGGUUUCCUAAAUUCUUAACUAAAUAUUCUUUAUUUAAAAAUCAGUUAAAUGAUCCUUAUUUUAGAAAAUUAUUUUUAAAUUAAGUUUUAUUGUUUAUUUUUGUAGCUGAACUUGAAAAUCAAGAAGUAUUAAAUCCUGUUAAUAUUUUAGAAAUAAUUUAUAUAAAAUUUGAAAAUAGAAGUUUAAAAAUAAUUAGAUGAAUUAGGAGAUAAAUUAGGAGAUAAAUUAGGAGAAAAAGUUUAACAUUUAAUUGAUACAGAACGAACAUGGGUAUUCUAUUCUUAUAUCUCAGCGACUUUGGGUGACAGAAAAGUAAUGUUUUGAUGAUGGAUAUGAAAAAUUUAGUAUUAAAGCAUCAGAAAAAGCUAAAAAAAAAAGAUAAGAAAUUUAAAGAAGAAUAUAUGAUGAUCUAAAAUAUAAAUAAACAGAUGCUUUUUAAUAAAUUCUACAAGAUUAAGGAAGACCUUAUAAAAUAGAAACUAAUCCUAUUGAACCUGGAUUAAAUUAUUAUUUAAAUGAAGUGUUUUAUUAAUUAGAUCAAAGUAGAAAAAUUGCUGAUAAUGAAAGAUGUAAAAAUCUAAAAGACUAUGCUUGGAAAUCAGUAAGAGUAAUAUCUAAAUAUCUUUUAAAAGAAUUGAAAAUUACAAAUCUAAUUACUUAGGAUUUGAAACCAUUACCAAAUUUAGAGGACAUUGUAGAAAAUUUAAAAAAUGCUGGAAAUGAAAUGAUAGCAGAGAGAUUAUCCUAACCUAGUAAUAAUAAUAAUAUUAAUAAUUCUGUUACAAUUAAACCUGUUCACAUUAAUUAAUAAUUACCAAUCUAGAAGUGA